UUCGAGCUCGUAAAACCGUCUGCUGCACUUUUGACAUUUCGUUUGAAGCUAGCUAUCUCUGUCAGCAUUCACGAUGCCGCGAGGUGGUAAAAAAGGCCAUAAAGGCAGAGGAAAGCAGUACAACAAUCCAGAAGAAAUUGACCGCCAAAUGAAAGCGCAGAAAGAAAUGAGAGAGUGUGGUGCCAGUGCUGAGAAGGAGAGCUCUUCAGAGUCUGAGGAGGAGAGUAGCAGUGAUGAAGAGUCUGAAUUCAGGAGAAGAAAUGGUGUGCAGGGUCUAAUCGAAAUUGAGAACCCCAACCGCGUGUCUCAAAAGAACAAGAAGGUCACUGAGGUAGAUGUAAAUGCUCCACGAGAGUUGUCUCGCAGGGAAAGAGAGGAGAUUGAGAAGCAGAAAUCUAAGGAACGGUAUAUGAAGCUUCAUCAGGAGGGCAAGACUGAUCAGGCCAGAGCUGACCUGGCUAGACUAGCCAUCAUCAAGAAACAGAGAGAAGAGGCUGCCAAGAAGAGAGAUGAACUCAGGAAAGAAAAAGAAGCUGAGGAGGCCAAAGGGAAGCACUAGUCCAUAUCCGAAAAUGUCUACAUGUGCAUCAGUCUCGACAGGAUGGAGAGGGGAUGAAGCAGGAGAUUCUGAGAAACACUCUGAGGAAAUCAUCAUGUGGGAUGCCAGGUUACAGGUGCUUCUUCUGUCUCCAAUUUGAAACCAGAGGUCACGUGGGUCUUCCAGAACAGUGUGGUCAACGCAGGUAACACGGGUGACGCUACGCAAGAUGAAGAGAAAGGCAUCAUUUGGGAAUUCUCUGAAGUUGAGGACUGCAGGUUUGCCCAAGUGUUUCAAAGACUCUUUACUCUUCUGCACCAACCAUUUUUUAAAAUAUCGAUGCUGCUCAAUUCAUGUCUGCUUAUUCAUGCAUUUUUAGAAAACCUACUGGUGUCAUGCCAACAAUCAUGAGAAGAUGACGUGUACUUUUACAGUACGUCUCACGUGUUAUUUAGAAACUGACGCUAAUGUGCUAGCACUUGAGGGGGGGGGCAGAAUUAUUAAGACCGUAUGAUUUUGCUCUGUCAAUAUUUGAGAAAAGUACAAUUUUAAAACCACCAUUCUGAACUUGAUGCGCAACAGUGAAUUCAGGCUCUCUUCAGCCCAGAAGGGCUUAUCAUCUCUUACCCAAAUCUGUAUACUAUGUUGGAAUUCUUUUCACGUGGUACUCCAAAUAUGAUUUCCAUUUCACGGUCAAUGCCCCACUGUAACUGACAUUUCCCGGUUCUGAUUGGUCUGUCUUCAUGCGAUUGUCUUCUGUUGCCUUCUCAACGUUUACAUGAGACCAACUCACUGUCUAUCUCCAAGACUCUCACCAUAGCCUCAGUCCAUUUGACGUGUUGCAGUAUUGCCUAUAUUUCUAAAGAAUGGAUCGGUAUUUACUUUCUCUACCAGUAAGAAUCGGAUGGCAUCAGACAUUGUGACUCCACAUCAAUGUGAUGGAAACUCAGAGUGCACUUACACUUGUCCGCCAGUAGAUGGUAUUGCAACUAGCAUUUGAAAUUCAAAUCUUCAGAAACGUGAUCAGAGCAUUCCUCAAUUCUUCAUUCAUACAUUAGGGAAUCAUCUUAAAACAAUAAAAUAAUUCAAAAGUAAAC